GUUCCCUUUAAUGUAUGGAGCAGGCGAAGUUGAGCUGACUCUCUUAUAAUAUCACAGAACUCGGGCGCAGCUGCUGCUCUAAGUGGCACUGUGUGAUAAUACAACAGCUCUGCUAUUUACUGGGACUCAAGUGCCUGGACUGGCACACAGAGACAUUAUAUGAAAUCCGAAAGCAUGAGGAUAAAGGAGAUUUCUUUGCGGCAAGAUCCUGAUCUAAGAAAGGAGUUGGCAUUGCUAGCUCGAGGAUGUGAUUUUGUUUUACCUUCUAGAUUCAAGAAGAGACUGAAAGCUUUUCAGCAGGUCCAGGUUCAGACAAAGAAGGAAGAAACUUUGCCACCAUCACUUAGUCAAAACAUUCCAACUUUCUAUUUUCCUCGAGGAUGUCCUAAGGAAAAAGUGAAUAUAGAUGCUGUGAUUGCCAAAAUUGAGAGAACUUUCUCUGAGUUUCCAAAUGAGAGGGCAACGUUAGAAGACAUGGGGAAGGUUGCAAAGGCUUGUGAAUGCCCACUUUAUUGGAAAGGUCCUUUGUUUUAUUGUGCUGGAGGUGAACGAACAGGAUACGUGUCAGUUCAUAAAUUUGUUGCAAUGUGGCGGAAAAUACUUCAGACUUGCUAUGAUGAUGCUGCAAAGUUUGUUCAUCUUCUAAUGAACCCUGGAUGCAACUACUUGGUGCAAGAAGACUUCAUUCCUUUUUUACAA